UUUAGCUGGCGGGGUAUUGAGGGUCUCUAGACGGGCACAGAGACCGCCGACGCAGAUGUCGUUGUAGUAGAUCAGCUUGUUGUAAGGCUCCAACUCUGGCGCGAGCGCAUCCGCGUAGAAAUUGUCAGAGUAGGUCAUAUGCUGUCUCGCCAGGGUUGCUUGAGCAUGCGCUUGAGACUUGGCAGCGAGGGACGUACAGGGAAGACGACGGCGUUGAUCUUUUUGAGCAUGCCGAUAUUGUUCGGCGUCCUGUCCGGCUGUACGUGUCAGGCUCUGCAGGAGGGGGGAGAGAGGACGGGAGGGAGCUUGCAGGUCGACGACUGCCGUCCUUGGCUGGGGUCUGACGAGUGUCGGCAUCGAUCGAGACGAGACUGAUGACUGUCGACUGAGCGGCCAGCCGAGUCGAGUCGAGUCGUCCAGCACGCGAAGUCGUUCGUUCACUGACCGGGUCCACCCUCUUGGAUGAGACAGUCGCUCGUGCAGUGUACCUGCAGAUGCCUCGCUCAGCAGAGAGCCAGUCUGCAUACCUCUCCGUCAGCAGGACAGAGCACAGACGGCGAUCGAGCACGGCCAGACCGUCAAGCAGGCUUGGACUAUGCCAGCCAGCAAAUUCGUCGACAGCCUCUCGAGCGACAGGGCCCACGUCCCAGUCAGGCCAGUCAUGCCCGACAGCAAGCCUAUGCGAGCGCUCACCGGUCUGGCUACGGAUCAGCCGUGCCCCCUCCGGCCAAUAACGCACAAAGAUACCCUCAUCAGGCACGUCAACCCGACUAUCGUCAGCGAGCACAGCCGAGUCGUCAGCCUUACUUGCAGCCCAACAGACCUCCGAUAGAUAGCAGAGCUCCUCCUCGACGGUCUGACACGCCUCUUGACCUUCGGCCACCUGCUCAGACAGCGCCGCGGCUGCCGAAUGAGCCCACGGAGCAGUACGAGCCAAGUGACGAUCGCUCGAACAGGCCGCACAGAUCGAGGGCAUCCGAACCUCGCAAGCAUACAGUCAAUAGACUCUCGAUACGUGACACCUGGGCAGAAGCAGCUCGGGAGCGACAGUCUCGACAGGUGGCCGGCAAACCGAUUCGGCCGCCACCGCGCCCUCGAGCUAGGCUAUCAGCUCGCCGUGUCAGGAUCAACAUCGCCAUCCCUUCGGUGACGAGUAUUGCCAAUCUAUCACGCUUGCUGGGCUACAAGCUUGCCCGCCUGCAACGGCGGCUCAAUGCCAUCGGCUUUGACGAUGCACGGCCUGAUCGUAUACUGUCUGCCGAUGACGCUUCACUCAUCGCACUCGAGCUAGGCUUCGAGCCAGUCGUAGACGAUCUCAACUCAUUCGAUAUCUAUCCAGAUCCACCUGCGAGCGAUCUGUCCGCACUAUCGCCUCGACCGCCCAUUGUUUGCAUCAUGGGACAUGUCGAUCACGGCAAGACGACACUGCUCGACACGCUCCGAUCGACGUCAGUCGCCCAGGGCGAAGCUGGCGGGAUAACUCAACAUAUCGGUGCUUUCGAAGUGCCCAUGAAGCUCCUUGAUGCCAACGCAUCUGACUCUGCGGGCACGGUCACCUUUCUCGAUACGCCCGGCCACGCAGCUUUCGGUGCCAUGCGGUCUCGCGGUGCCAACAUCACAGAUAUUGCCGUCAUCGUCGUCUCGGCCGAUGAUGGCGUCAUGCCUCAAACGAGAGAGGUCAUCUCGGUCCUCAAGCAAGAGCCUAACGUCUCGCCCGUCGUUGCCAUAACGAAGAUCGACAGGCCUGGCGUAGAUAUCGAAAAGGCAAAGAAUGGAUUGCUCGCUGCAGGACUAGAGAUCGAAGAGUAUGGCGGCGACGUACCUUGCGUGCAGGUCUCGGCAGUCGCUAAUAUCGGACUCGACACGUUAGUGGAGACCAUACUGGCAGUAUCAGAGCAGAAAGAGCUCCGUGUCGAGCGACAGGGCGUUCGAGUCGAGGCGCGGGUCAUCGAGAGCAAGGUCGACAAGGGUCGAGGCAAUGUCGCAACGCUGCUCGUCAUGCGCGGUACAUUGUCUGUCUCGCAGCAUAUCGUUGCAGGCAGCGUCAUGUGUAAAGUUCGACAGCUCUAUCGACCGGGCGGCCAGGCUGUAAAGGAAGCAGUACCUGGACAGCCCGUCGAAGUCACUGGCUGGACACAACUGCCCAGUGCGGGCGAUGAAUGUCUCGAAGCAAAGACGGAGAAAGAAGCUCGAAGUGCUAUCGAGAAUCGUAAGAAGCGUCAGGAAGCUCUAGCGCUGCUUGCCGACGUAGAAGCUAUCAAUGAGAAGCGCCGAGUCGCUGCAGAGGAGGCAGAACGUCUGGAAGCGAUCCAAGAGGCCAAGCUCAAGAAGGCCAAUUCUGUGCUCGGUGAUCUCGAGGACGGCGAAGCGCUUCUGGCCAACGCACUCCCAGAAACGAAAGAGCUCAGGCUGGUCAUCAAGGCCGACUUUAGCGGAACGGUCGAGGCUGUUGCUGGCGCAGUUGCAGAUAUCGGCAAUAAAGAGGCCAAGGUCAAGAUCGUGUUGACCGGAGUAGGCGAUGUGAGCAAUUCUGAUAUCGACAUGGCACGUACGGCAGAAGCAGUCAUUCUCGGCUUCAACAUCAAAGCGCCGAAACCCAUACAGAGCGCGGCAGCACAAGCCGGUGUCGCGAUACAUCUCGAUACUGUCAUCUAUCGGCUGAUCGACGAGGUCAAGCAGCGCGUCAUCGGCCUGAUGCCGAAAGUCUAUGACUCUAAGGUCACCGGAGAGGCCACUAUUGCGCAGGUAUUCGACAUCACGACAAAGGGAAGAGAGACCAGCAAGGUCGCCGGCUGCAAAGUCGGCAAUGGCAGCCUUGCACGCUCAGCUCUCUGCAAGGUCCUCCGUGACGGCGUCGAAGUCUACAGCGGUAAGCUGAGCACGCUCAAGCAAGGCAAAAAAGACGUGGACGAAGUUCGCAAAGGAUCCGAAUGCGGCAUCUCUUUUGAGGAUUGGCAAGGCUUUGAGGCCAAUGAUGCUUUGCAGACCUACGAGCUUGUACAACAGACACGGCAUCUCUAGACAGCAUACAAGAUUGCAUUACAUUGCGCG